AUGAAACUAUUCACUUUUCCUGUUCUUGUGCUCGCAUUUAAAAUCCCUUCACUGGCCGCCUACCCCGGGCUUUGCCUACAAGGCAAGUAUCUCACACCAAAUCGAAUCCAAAUCCUCCCAAGAACUCCUCUAAUCUACACAGUACGAAUUUCCGAUCACAGUACUAUGCCUCAAGGUAGCGUUUUUGGUCGUGGACUUCUCCGAAACCGUCUCUACUACGCCCUGCUACAAGAUGGUGAUCUUUGGCUUAAAAUUGAGAAGUCGAUGGCUUCCCUCGAUCAGGCUUGCAAUAAUCUGGCCGGAGUACCGAUUGACAUGAGGAUGCAUACGUGCAUAUGA